AUACCCGAGUAUAAAAACGGGGUGAGAAUUGCAGCCAAGAAACUCCCCAAAGCCGUUCCCAGUGAUUCCAGACUGCUGGCUUUAUUCUGCACCACCUCGCUGUUGAACAGAGGAGGGAAGCUGGACCCAGCUCACCGUGGCUCAUUACGCUGGAGAACAAAAUACAAUCACCACGUUCUCAAUGUGAACCUGGAUUGAUUUUUUUUUUUUCUUAAACACGACCGAAUAAGCUUUUUCGCUUGGCUUUUAUUCUUCACUCCUUUUCCGCACCCGCAGCGGUCAUGUUGCAAACAGUCUGCACGAGUCCUGAGCUACUGGUCAAUCAAAACACCAGCGAAAAUGAGAUCAGUGUCUACAGUCCAGCCCAGGGAUCUCCACUGCCUGGAGAAACCGCCAGUCCCAAAAGCUAUUGCCAACAGAGCCCAGCCUUGCCAGACUCUGGAUUAACCGAAUUUAAUGUUGCAAGUCCCAAGAUUCACCCUUCUCCUUCACAUAAACCUCAAGAGAUGUCUGCUCCCACUGACUCUGGACUUAGCUCUGGUCCCCCUCAGAAGUGCUACAUGGGAGUGAGAGUAAAGAUGCCAGUACGAGAAUUACUGAGGAAAAUUCGGCUUUCCAAAGGUCUGGACCCAGCUCACAGCAAGGAAACCUCAUUAAUGAAGAUGGAAACCAAAGGAUCCUCACGAAAAACAGCAAAGAGAAGAGUUCACCCUUAUACAGAGAAACAGCUUAGACAGAGCAAGCAGAGUGUUGGGCAAACACUAAAAGGCUUAGAGGACCUUGAUAUCCUGGUGGAGGUACUGCAGGAAGAUCUGAACAAAAGCCAGCUGAAGAAGGAGUCUCUGCAUUCUGUGCCGGAUGGCUUUUGCCAGGGCUUCUCUGCAGAUCUGCAAACCUCUUGGUGGGAAAGUGGAGGAAGCAAGCAGGCAGCUGGUGGCCCGCAGGAAAGACAUCACACCUUAACUAAGCUGCAUUCGUACUGCUGUCUUAGAGAUUCCAACUCAGUAUUGCAAGGAGAAGUAGAGACUUCUUUUCACAACUCUCAGAAAAAUAUGCGAGAGUCGAACUCAGCAGGAAUAUGCUCAAGGACAAGCGAGAAAGAGAGUGCCUGGUGGGUACAGGAUCCAUGCACAAGUACCCACGGAGAUUUCCCAAGGCAUUCUGCACAGGACACAUCUCCACACAUUAACCCAUCAGGAGGCUGUUCAGAGGUGCUUCUGGAAGCUCACACAGGCUCUCCAGACUUUGAGGGCUAUUUGAAGUCAACCCAAAUUUCUCUCACGCAGCAGGAUCUUUCUGCCAUCUCUUUCUUCCAGUUCCAGCUACACAGGGAAGAAAGUUUACUGAGAAAUAUCCCAGCGGACAAACUGCUCGCACCUGAUGAAAAUGGCAACAGGCUGCUGCACAAGGCUGUUGCGCAGGGAAGAAGAGCUCUGACUUAUGCUCUUGCACAGAGAUUUGCAUCCUUAAAUAAGAUCGAUGAGAAGGAUGCAGAGAAACGGACUGCAUUACAUCUUGCUGCAGAAAAGAACCAACACCUGAUGGUGAGUGACCUGAUAUCCCUAGGAGCUAGUGUCAAUGAACAGGACAGCUUGGGGAAAACUCCACUCCACCUAUGUGCAGAGAAUGGAUAUUUGAAGGUUUUAGAGGUUUUCAAAAACUGCAAAACCAACGGCAUAUGUGUGGAAGUGAAUCUGACUGACCAUUAUGGUUUAACACCGCUGCACUGUGCCGCUCUUGCCCACACUGUCUUAGCUACGGAAUCUCAAAAAACUGACAUUGAUACUGACAUGGGAAGGUUUCUCAGAUUACGCAAAGAUCAAAUUCUUGAGGGAAUUAACUGCUUAUUACAAAUGGGAGGAAAACCCGAGCUGCAGGUACUAAAUUCGCGACACAUUAAUACUACGUGUUUAAAAAUUGAGGAGAACAGAGAACUCAUGUGUUUGCUUCAGACUCAUAAACCUAAGACUCAUAAGCAGAACAUUCUUCAAGAGAGUUACAAUUGGCUGGAUGCUCCAAGAAAAACGCCCAGUCCGUCAUCAUCAGAUAACUUCUCUGAACCUCUUUCCAUGUCAUCUUCAGACCACUUUGACAUCACUCUUAAAGGGAGACGCUGAUAAGGCUCCUUAUCUGCAUCUCAUGGUCCGUGUGCCGCAGCUGUUGCUGAAGAAGAGAGAGAACAGAGAGCAAAAGUCUUCAAAUGUAUUAUAGCUUGAACUGACUGUUGAAGAUGUCUCCUCAGUGCCCAGAAUUAGAGAGUAAAUCCAUAAAUGGGGAAACCCUCGAGCCAGGUUUCAACAGUGUUAAGCAUUCAGUGUUAGAUGCUCCAGUAAAUGAACAGGUCUUAAAUUUUCUCACAAAGCUGAGCACCCAUACUUCUCUUCUGAAGUCUGUGUAAGCCGUACAUGUUCUUGUUCUACAUUCUAAAGCUUUUUUUAAUGCGGGUGCCAAGCUUAAGAAAAAACCUUUGAUUUUAGCCAUUGAGAGCCUAGUCUUGAGCGCACCAGUGUGAGAUUAGUCUCUACAGUCUGAACUUCAUGUUCACGUGCUGAAAAUCUCCGACAAUGCGUAGUUUUAAACACGGGCUAUGGGAACCCAGAAACUGAUGAGCGAUAUUAAAUAUUUCCUUCAGUCCUGCCCUUUAUGCAAUCAGAAUUUGCCACCAAUAAUAGAUUGUAGGUGAAGUCUGGGUCAGAAAGCGUUUUGAAUCAGUUCCUUUCACUCCGAGUGAUCCAACUGAGUAAUAUACCUUUAUAAAAUUUAAAUAUAUAACAAAACUUUACAAAAAGCACUUUUUAUACUAAGCAAUUUUGCAAGUUAGAAAGACGACAAGGAGCUUAAAUUAUUCUGUGCUGCCACGUAUCCAAGUAUUCAACAGAAUUCCUAGAAACUAGACAAUUAUUGCCCCCCCCAACCCCAUCUUUCCAGACUUAGUGUCAUUUUAUUUUAACUUCUGAUUGUGAAUUAGCUGGUUUCUAUGAAACUUCCCUGUUUGCUACAUAUGGAGCAAUCUACAUUUACAUAACCUACACAAUGACUGAUCCAGCAAUCAACUCACGUACGUACCUCCUGUUGAACUAAAUGGGAGAUUUUUCACGUGGAACCGUUGCGGGAUCUGGUAUUAAGUACUCAGAAUGUUUGGGGAAUGUGUUUUAAAUGAAUCCUUUGUGUUUUCUUCUUGUAAAAAAGGUUACUUUCCUCUUACUGGAUAUCCUUAAGUGUUAAGCUCCAAGAGCUACAUUGCACAACGUGAACUAUGCUUUACUGAAAAGUGACAGUGUUUAAGUUAAUUCCACUGGGAUUUGGGUCAUAUCCUAUGUUUCUUAUGCCCUGAACAGCUAAAUAGUGUUCUGUAUUCUCUCUAGUCUGAAUGAGACAUGAUACUUUAAUACUUUUAAGUAUUUUAUUAAAAAAAAAAUACAGUUAUUCACUUGCUGACUUGUAUAACACUAUGAAACAUUCAUCCACCUCCUUCCAUAGACACCCAUUGUUUUAAUUAUGUGAAAUCUUUUAUUUUUCCUUUUCCAUCCCAGGUUUUACUUGGCAACACAAAUACUUUCCUCUCUGAUGAUUUUUCUCUGUCCCUCCCACCACUUCUCAUUCAUCCUUCACUUUUACAUUUUAACUCACAUUUGCGCUCACAGAACUUGCUAUUCGUUUGAAGAGAAUUAAUGAGGAUCUUCUAGGUUACUCAGCUUCCAUUGGUGCGAUUUAAGGAUCAGAUCCAACACACAUUGGAGUUCAAGACUCCUUACAUGCAGUGAAAACUGACUGAGAAAUUCUGCAUCACAUACAGAACAAAGGAGGAAGCAGGAUGGAGAACAAAUAGACAAGUGCAUCAAUAAGCAUCCUCAGUGAAGAAAAACGAAUUUGACCACUGGAUACCUUAAAAAGAAUUCGAGAAGCAGUGUAGAAUACUAUAACAGUAUAAUACUAAUCAAGCUAUUUUAGUCACAUGGAAACCAUUCGGAUGAAAGGACAGGAAUCUUAAGCUAUUAGUAUGUAUCAUUUAGUCAAUAUACUCAAAGCUGAACUAGUUUGUAAAGUAUAUUCUACAAGAGUUAUGUAUUAAUUGCAUUGACAUUAGUAGGUACGCUUUACGUUGUUCUGUUGUUCCUUCUUGUCAAUAAACAUAUUACUUUGUGCAG